UGAAAAUUAUUAAAAUAAUUUUCGUCUGUCUUCGACCAUAUUAUGGUCAAAUCGUCUAGUACACUGAGCUAUGCUAGUAUUAGCUAGUAUGCUAGUAUCGCAGUAUGAUAGUAUCAACUCAGCGCUCAAUGGCUAGUAUAGUUCAGUAAUGUAGUAUAUAUGGGUGUAUGUAAAAAGAAAUUGUCAAGAUGGCGUCCAGUUCUGCAGGAAAAAUACAACAAAUUACCUACGAGAAACGUCUGGAGAUUCUCCAGAAAUUAGAAGAAGGUGUCUCUCCGGAUAAACUCGCUGCUGAAUAUGGUCUCCACAAAAGAACUAUACAAAAAUAUCGAAAAAAUGCGACGUCGAUUCGUCAAUUUUCGGAUUGUACUAGUUGUUUACAUUCGAAAAGAAUUCGACCAGUGCUACACGGAAUUGUUGACAGCCGAUUGUACACCUGGGUUAUGGAGAGGCGAGCGUUAGGAGAUGUUCUGACGAAUAAUCUCUUGCAGAAGAAAGCGAUGGAAUUGCAUAUAGAAUUCGGUGGUCCCUCAAAUUUUGUGGCGAGCAACGGUUGGCUCGAGUGUUUUAAGAGAAGACACAAUUUACGUCUUGGUGGUGUCUACCGAGAGUGGGUUGGCGUGAAUGCAUUUGCUCCAGAGAAAUUUCCAGAGGAAUUAAAUCGUAUAUUAACAGACGAAGAUAUCUUUGAAGAUGAUGUCUAUGUUAUGGAUGUGAUGAGCUUAAUGUGGAAAGCUCUUCCGCAAAGACUACUGCUUCAUGAAGGUGAACAAUGGGUGAACAGCAGAAAAAUAAAAAAAGAUUGUAUCACUGUGGCACUUUGUGCCAAUACUACUGGCGCGCACAAACUGCCAAUCCUCUUUGUACACAAAUAUGCAAAUCCAAGAGCAUUAAAACAUUGUAUGCAACUUUUGCCAGUGGUAUACAAAAAUGAACCAAAUAGCUGGAUUACUGAACCUAUUUUUAACGAUUGGUACACCAAUUAUUUUAAACAGAGUGUAAAGGAAUACCAGGUGCAACAGAAUCGCGUAGGGAAAGUAUUACUGUUAGUGAACAAUUCGAAAGGACUCAUACUCUCUGAAGAAGCACUGGAAGAUUGUCAAUUUAAGCAAAUGUUUCUACCAUCCAAUACAACUUCAAGAAUGCAACCCAUGGACCAAAGUAUAAUUACCAAAUGCAAAAAGUUAUUCAGGCACAAACUACUCUGUCGGGUAUUGCAGCAUGACAUAGGAGUUCAACAAUUUUAUUUGGAUUAUGAUAUAAAAGACUGCAUCGAUAUGAUUGCAGAGGCAUGGGACAUGAUAACAGCAACAACCAUUCAAAAUUUGUGGAGACAUAUUUUAUGUCGAUCGUCUUUGGAUAACACUUCUGAAAGACAGGAUUCAAAUGACUGCAUAUCAGAAGAUAUGCAACAAUUUGGUGAAAUAAUUAAUGAGAAUGACAUUAUGGAAUGGAUUUCCGAAUGUGAGAAAGAAGAAUCCAUAGUGAUAAAAGAAGAAAACACGGAUUCGCAACAUAGUGAAAUAGAAUCAGAAAUUGAUUAUAUAUUUCACGGACUGGCUAUCUGGGCGGAAACCAAGCCAGAGUUUAUCAAAUUAAACGCCAACAUUUUAAUAGAUUAUUUCAAACAAAAAUAAUACGUUUUUGUACAUAAUUAAGGGUGUAAAUAUAAAUUUAAAAAAUCCUGACCGCGCUACAGAAAUACGCAGUCGCUUUUAGCUGAGCUACGUGUUGCGCGACAAAAGGUGCGCAUAAAACUAUUAUACCGCUGAGUACUCGACGUAAUUAGUCAUUAAUUGGCACCAUGAUUUAAUUUCGUUAACUGUAUUUAAAUCAUACUUUUCUCGUAUCAUCAUUUUGUUUACUAUUUUUAAUCCUUUGCACUUGAAGCUAUUUCGUUACAGAAUGUGCUAACAGGAAUCAUGUUGUAUUAAAUAAUGUAACUUCUAAAGCACAUAUUAGAAAGUUUCUAUCUUUUAGGUUGCAAUCUUAGACUUUCUUGUUUAUAUGCACAAAUUGUAUCAUUUUAUACGAACUAUGUUCAUUAGGGUCUCGCGUCUAGUCGUGUUUAGCACGCGAUUAUUCGUAUCGUCCCAAGAAUGUGCAAUAUACACUGUGAUCUUGAACUUUUCUCGAAUAUUUCGAGCAGUACUGAAAAAUAUGAAUUAUUAGAACAAGUUGCUUCUAAUUUCAAUUCUUCUCUCUGUAAAUAUUAAGUUAAACCGAAAUUGUAAAUUAGAAGAAUUGUAAUUGAAACAACGAAUCGAAAUUGUUUUUCAACUGCAGAAAAUAAAUUCAAAUAUUUAUAAACUUGUCUGUUGGAUUAAUUCGAGAGGGCAGUCUGGUAAUAUUAAAGCAAAAAAAAUCGAUUUUGGUCCUUCGAAAUUUAAACUUUGAAAGCAUUUUCCUGAAACGAUUGUGAAAUCUGAAAAAUUGGCAAUGCUAUAGAAAUUUAAAUUGAGAAAACUUUUCGAGAUUAUGGUGUACUUCGUAAUUUCGAAUCUUUUUUUUAAGAAGAUGGAACACUCAUAUUCGAAGAAAUAUUUAUAAUGUAGAACAGAUUCUAUUAAAAAUCCAAUUAUGAACAUUUUCAAAUUCAGGAGAAUGUAUAAAUGUGUUAUGGUUGAAUUAUUUUUAUCAUAAUUUUGAAGCUUUUUUUCAAAGGCUGUAACAUUUAUAUUUGAAAUGAACACUUCGAAUGUAAUUUUCAUAGAGUAACCCCACUUCUAUCUCCCUCCGGGUCUCCGCUCGCAGCAACCUCCUCGUGGUGAGACCUGGUAAUCGGUAUUACUCGCGACAAACAAUUGAAUAACUUUGAAAUACAUAGUAAUAAUUUACAAAAAAUCGUCGCGAGUAAUAGCGAGCUAAUCGGCUGCGAACGUGGAAUAGUUUCAAAUCUAACAUUAUAAGAGAGAAACCUUUUGGAAUGGAUAAGAAUGGAGCUUUGAAUGCUUUAAUACAAUUUAAGAAUAUGUAUGCAAACAAAAUGACAAACAUUGCAUAGACAGAGAACGAUUCUUACAAUUCUUUUUUUUAAACCUAAAUCUAAGUGGUUACUAACAUAAACAAAGUCGGGUAUAUUAAGUAAACUGACAGGUCAAAUAGACGUUCACUUUUACUAACUUUAUAAAUAUAUUUGUCUAUUACCAAGCAAUUGAAUUGAAAUUGCAUGUUAAGAAUUUUAUCAGUAAUCUCAUUUUACAAUUUAAGGUACAAAACUUUAUAUUUUACAUAUAUACCUAUUACAUUUCCUAUAAAGCACUUCAUACCACAGCACAUUCAAACAGACAGUUAUAAUUAAUAUUAUAUAAGUAUUACCAUAAGUAAUACUAAGUACCAUUAUAUUUGGUAAGUUUCUUUCAUUGGAAAUGAGACCAAACACGAUUGUAUUCUGACAACUUUUACAUAUAUGUCAGAUAACUUAAAAUCAUUUUCAAUUA